AUGUUGACGCAUUACCUGCGGCGGCGGGUUUCGGUCAUUACGACGGAUGGCCGCUACUUUGUCGGUGUGCUGCAUGCCGCCGACCAGCUGCUCAACCUUGUGCUCACGUCCUGCGUGGAGCGCGUCUUUGACGAGGCGGAGGAGAACGCGGGUGAGUCACCGCAACACGAGCAGCCCCCGCGCAGCGACGGCGGCGGCGGCGGCGGCGCGAUGCAGGAGUUGGCGAUGGGGGUGAUGAUGUUUCGUGGGAGCGACGUGGUCUGCGUGGCGGGCGUCGACACGGUGGAGGAGGCGAAGGUGAGCGCCAAGUCGUGGCGAGGGCGCAACCUGCCGGCUGUGACGUGUGUGCCGCGUGCGGCGGCCGCAGUCAACUGA